AUGCUGCGUCUGACUCCAGCUCACCUGAGGAGCCUCCUGGCCUCGCGCUCACCAGUGGCGACGGCGGCUAGCAGCAGCACGAGGACGGCAAGUCACGAUCACGGGGUGUCGGUGGACAUGUCCCGGCCCCAGUACUACGACCGUCUGGACAACCCCCUCCCGGACCGUCCCUACAAGGACGUGCUGACGGAGACGGACCGGGGCCUGAAGCAGAAGGAGAAGGGGCCCUGGACCCAGCUGAGCCGGGAGGACAAGCUGGCCCUGUACCGCCUCUCCUUCCACCAGACCUACGCUGAGAUGAAGCAGAAGCGUCACGAGUGGAAGACGGUGAUGGGAGGAAUCUUCUUCUUCAUCGGCUUCACCGGCCUGGUGGUGUGGUGGCAGCGAGUCUACGUCUACCCCCCCCGCCCCAGGACCCUGCGGGGCGACUGGCAGGAAAAGCAGAUCCAGAGGAUGUUGGACAUGAGGAUCAACCCCAUCGAGGGAUUCUCCGCCCAGUGGGACUACGAGAAGAAGCAGUGGAAGUGACGAGGACCGGUUUUUUGC